GGAUGACCACAGCACAACUCAACGAAAAAAAAGGAGCAAACUGGGCAAUGAAUGAGAGCUCUUCGGCUAUGGCGAUGUAACUAGCAGUUCUCUUUCGAGUCGUUCCCAAUGGCCAGCUCUUCGGGCCAGCAGAGCCAGGUCUUCGCCCAGAACCUAGUCCCAUACCAGUACUUGCUACGUGGCGUGGACCAGGCCGAGCAAGUCUUAGGACUAGGUGCGUACGGAGUGGUGUUUUCAGGGGAUUGGCGUGGCACACCUGUAGCGAUAAAACGACACCACCCCAUGCUCGUCCUCGACGAACAUGGGCAGUCCUCGAAGUUCUAUCGACGAUUUCUGCAAGAGUUUCCGAUGUUGAAGGAGUUGCCGCAUCCCAACAUUGUUCAGGUGUUUGGCAUGGUGGCAGCGACUGGACCUCAUGACACACCUGGAUUGGUCAUGGAGUGUCUUUCGCAGACGUUGCGUAAACGUUGCAGCGUUCAGCCAGCGUUAUCGCUGUUGGAAAAAUGCAGCAUCGCUCUAGGUGUAUCUUCUGCUUUGGAUUAUCUGCAUAGUCGCAGUAUCAUCCACAGGGAUCUGACGACCAACAACAUAAUGCUGUGUGAGGUGGUUGAAGCUGGGGAUGUACAGCUGAAGGCAAAGAUUACAGACGUUGGUGGAGCUGCAGAGCUGGAUGACAGGACACAGGCGCAGAUGAUGACAAUAAACCCUGGAGCACAAACGUACAUGGCACCAGAGACCCAGCGUGCAUCCAAUGAGCCUGGCCGGACGCAGUACGGUACUCCGGCCGAUUGUUACUCGUUUGCUGUGUGCCUGCUGGCCAUGUGUGUAGGCAAGGAGCCUCCCAACAUUUACACACUGGCACGCGAGGGAAGAGUGAGAGAUCUCCAAGAUCUUGGAUCUGAUCAUCCGUUCCAUGACAUCAUCAGCAGGUGUUUGAAAGUGGAUCCUGCUGAGCGUCCCACCGCAGCCUACAUUUGUGAUAGUUUCGGAGCAAUGACUGAGAUCAUACGCAGGCAGCAGCAGCCUGCAGCCAGCAGUUCAACAGCUGGAGCUACGCAGAUAAACACAAGUGAGCCGUCUCCCGACCAAGCCGAGAUUGCCCGUCUGCGUCAGGAGCUGCAGGAGCGUGAAGAGCAGGUGCGUGACGCUCAGCAGCAGCGGGCCACGGCUCUGGAAGCUUUGCAGGAUCGGACGGCCCUGUUGGCAGAAAGAGACGAACUGCUGCGUGAUGCUGAACAGCAGCUGGUCACGGCUCAGCAAGCUGAGCAGGAUCGGACGGCCGUGUUAGCGGAGAGAGAUCAAUUGCUGCAUACCAAUCAAGAGCAGCUGACCGCGGCUCAGCUUGCUGUUCAGGAUCGGACGGUCCUGCUUGCGGAAAGGGACGAACUGCUGAUGCGGCGGGGUGCAGCCCCAGAGCUCAGCGCUAGUACCGAAUCAGCAGACGCGCAAAGGGUGAGAGAAUCGCUGUUGCAUCUUGCAUCUCUGAAAGGAGAGGCAGGUUGGUUUGUUCGCUGCUCACUUCUUCUUGGUCGACCGCCGGCGGGAACACGCCAAGCCCUUCCAAAAGCCAAGUGGAAGGCUAUCGGAAAUUUCCCUAUCCGAAAAGGCGUCAAGUCAAGGGUGAAUGAGGUGGUAUGCUUUAAUGGCGGAGUCAAAUGCACGCUGUUGGAAAAAGGCGAUUCCACGUGGAAUUUUCGUAUCUUGAGUGGAGACCCCACAAACCUUUCGGAAACCGCCGAUGGUGAAGUCAACCUCACGCACAUCUUCCGAGUUCAUCGGAGUACCGCUUUUGGAUUCCGCUUCAUAGAGCAAAAGGAUAGCCUGUACUGCAUCAUCAUUUAUAAAGCCGCACCAUGUAUUGUUUACAAGGUACUGGAAGAUGGGGAAUGGCAGGAAGUUGUACAGUUCCCAGAUGUUCGCUUCGGAUUUCGCUCGGUUUCCAUUGGCAACCAACUGAUCAUCAUCGGAGGCUCUACCGACAAAUCUUCAUUCAAGCCCGUUCGACCAGUCGUCACUUCCUUUGAUAUGACGAUUGAAGGAAACCAGGAAUGGAUUGAUUGGCCAGACUUUCCUGCACCUGAUAGGAUGCUCCGGUUACUGUCAAGCGUCGCCUACGAUGGUCAUCUACACGUGUUCGGAGGUGAUCCGAACCAGCCGGCUGCUGCACAGGAAGUCUUCUCGGCACCUAUCAUGCAGCCUGCGGAGUCUCGUACCUGGUCACGGAGUGUAUUGCCCCAUCAUCCAUUCUGGCUGUGCCGUCUACAAGUUUUCAGGGGCUAUUUGGUUUGCUUUAAAGAGGAGUAUGGAGGCAGUCCAAGUCAGGAUCAUAGUGUGUUCAUGCUGUCACCAGUUUCUCGCAGUUGGCAACCAGUUCCAAGCACCGACCUCUUCAACGGCUGUCCCUGCGAUGUGUAUGGCCGUUUGGUAGUCUUUACGCCGGGAGACGUCAGGCAGCUAUGCUGGGAGUCUGUAACCAGUCAACCAAGAGGAAGGAUUGGCUCUUGGCUACGGCGAUAACUGGGCUGCCCAUCUGCCAUUGUGUCGCCAUUCUUUGCGCCACACGGUCUCUCUCUCUCUCUCUCUCUCCCGACUAAUGUUAGCGCUUAGAAUAGUCCGUAAAGGAGCAUUGUACAAAGUAGUUCUCUCUGCAUGAUCUCACUCUUACACACGUACACAUACGCACACACAAACACACACACACACACACACAUACGCGCACACAUGCACACACAUGUACACGCACACACACAUCCAGAACUCCAUGUUCUCAGGAUUGUGCUAGAAACGUUUGCAUAUCUAUUCCUAACAAUCUAGGCAUGUGUGCAUGGAUCCGUGAAAAGCUUCGGAACAACUACUCCCGCACACUAAUUCCCUGGUCAUUCUGAUGCCGGUUUAUCUCCUCUUGAUCUGCAUUCAUUUCAUACCGACUGAGACAUUACAUGUCAGCUGACAAACCCCUUUUAUUUGAGACAUUACAGAUGAAAUAUUCUCUAUGUGUGCACAAGUACGCCUGAAUUUAGAGCAACAUUCUUUUUUCUUGAUUUCCAUGGCCAGAGCUUGACGCCUGUUUUGUGGCAGCAUUUGCCACCAGCGAUUUUUAGGCCGCCAAGUGCUUUAGGUAGUUAUAUGACCCCCGCGUUAUCGUCCGGUUUGUGGAACCUCACUUGUUGCUUUAGUACACGCUGCAAAUGACUGCACAGUGGCCCCUCGAACUGCUCGCAGUAGCAUUAUGUGUAUGUGACAUAGCACACACACACAUUCAGUUUCUCUAGUAUAAGUUUAGUUCACUUUGUUCUUGAAGAUUAUUAUAAUAAUAUUAUUAUAUUCAUCAUAGUACGGUACAUAUAUGGACUGGUCUA